UUCGUAGGCAAGCACUCGCGUUCAAGAACAGGAAAGAGUUGGCGGAGAAGAAAGCCGUGAAGGACGAGGCCGAGUCAAAAUUAGAAAGGGGGAAAGAAGUUGCCCAGCUCGGGGAACAAAGUAAACAAUCGAUCGCCCCGCUCAUAGUGCAAGCCGCCGAUCCGGAUGCCCCCGAUAUCGUAGCAGCUGCGGCAGCACAUGGAUUGACUGUAACGAGUGCCAGAGAACAAGCGGCCGAGUUAGGUAUCACUCUUCGUGCACUGCUAGGCCUUGAUGAGGCGCCAAUGAAGGACGUAGUAUUUACAUAUGUGAAGAAUGGCCCUCUCGUCGAGCCUGCGCAGGAAGGGGAUCUACCUCGACAAAUGCUAGGUCUGCUAAAUUGGUACAAGGGUUACAUAAAACAUAAAAACGCCAAAGACUAUAUCUAUGCGGAAGUUAGAUAUGAGCAUCACUUCAAACAUUACUGGGUACAAAUUCCUCUGAGUGAAUUGUUCCAGCUGUUCAAUCUGCGCGACCUCGACAAAUCUAUCAUCAGUUGCUACGUUCUAAUGAAGAAGCGGGAAAUGCGAAUAAGGAACAUCCAUGAUGUUGGGUUCAUUGACCCACACAUCGUUAAUUCACAUGUGUUAGAACACCACCCCGCCGACGUGGAGGAUGACCUGUGGCGGUUUAUUAGAAAACAGCAACAGAAAAGUGAUAUUCUAUUUCCUUACCAUUUUGGGUGAGUGUUUCUGUCUUGAGCACAUUCUCUUUUGUU